UUAAGAUUCGAGGCUACAGUAUAAUUAAUUAAUUAUGAUUCUAUUACAGUUGAGAAGAGUUCUCCCUUUACUAGGGAACAAGAGCAUUCCUCCCAGACCCUCUCUUACAUACAGGGUCCUUGUGCAGAACAGAAAGAUGUCUUCAGAUGAAGUGAGCAAAGCUCAGGGUGCUGCUCCAAGUGAAACGAACAAUAUGUCUGGGUCGACCAUAUUCACCAAGAUCCUUAAUAAGGAGAUUCCAGCCUCUAUUGUACAUGAAGACGACCAAUGUAUGGCCUUCCGAGAUGUGAAUCCAGUUUCCUCCACCCACAUUCUGGUGAUUCCACGGAAACCUAUUCCCAUGCUAUCAGCUGCACAGGACGACGAUACUCAGCUGCUGGGUCACCUGCUCCAGGUUGCCAGGAGAGUGGCUGACUCUGAGAAGUUGGAGGAGGGAUAUCGAAUUGUGAUCAACAAUGGUAAGCAUGGAGCUCAGUCUGUCUACCACCUCCACAUUCACAUCAUGGGAGGAAGACAGUUCGAGUGGCCACCUGGAUAAAAGAAAAGAAAAGAGAUAGAUGUAUAGGGUACUGAAACAAUCCACUUAUGAAUAACAAAUUAAUUGUGUGUAUUUAAUUUCACGAUCUUUACCAUAUUUGUUUGUCACCCCA